ACAGGGAGCACUCACUGUUCGAACAGCAGCUCUCCCCACGUGACCUGGAUACUUUCACUGAUAGUGAGAACGGCACACAGCAACAGGUUGAACUUGUCAGACAUUUCCAUGUGGAUUCUCUUCCCUGAGGCAGCUUCAGCGGCUGACUGGCUGCUGGCUCAAUGAUCAAGAGAUUCACUGAGAUGACCUAGUGAAGGGGACGGGACAAUGUUGCAGAAGAAGAUCUGCCCCCAGUUACUUGACUACCUUGUGAUCGUUGGGGCCAGGCAGCCAAGCAGCGAUAGUGUGGCCCAGACCCCUGAGCUGCUCCGACGUUACCCUCUGGAAGACCAUUCAGAUUUCCCUUUGCCUCCCGAUGUGGUGUUCUUCUGUCAGCCGGAGGGAUGCCUGAGUGUACGGCAAAAACGCAUGAGUCUGCGAGAUGACACCUCCUUUGUCUUCACACUCACAGACAAGGAUUCGGGCGUCAUUCGCUAUGGGAUCUGUGUCAACUUCUACCGCUCCUUCCAGAAGCGAGUGCCCAAAGAGAAAGCAGAAGGCACUGGUGGGCAUCGAGUUCGGGAUGGACAAAAACCCCCCAAAACUGGGGAUGCUUCUGGUGCCCAAGAGGAGGUGGGCAAUGAGAGUUCAGAGAGUGGCUCUUCACUACACACACCAAGCACAGAGUCCACUCCAGAUGUGAACCGGUCACCACGCAGUAAGCGCGUGGCCAGAGGCAACCAUCACUCCCGGAACAGCACCCUGACUUCCCUGUGCAUCAUUAGUCAUUACCCCUUCUUCUCCAGCUUCCGCGAGUGUUUAUACAUCCUGAAGAGGCUAGUGGACUGCUGCAGUGAGAGGCUGCUGGGCAAGAAGCUGGGGAUCCCUCGAGGGGUGCAGAGAGAUACCAUGUGGCGGAUUUUCACAGGUGCUCUCCUAGUGGAAGAGAAAUCCAGUGCAUUGCUACAUGACCUGCGUGAGAUAGAGGCCUGGAUUUAUCGCCUGCUCCGCUCACCUGUACCUGUUGCAGGCCAGAAGCGAGUGGAUGUGGAAGUCUUACCACAUGAUUUGCAACCUGCCUUGACUUUUGCUCUUCCUGACCCAUCUCGCUUCACGCUGGUGGAUUUCCCCUUGCAUCUUCCCUUGGAACUUUUGGGAGUGGAUGCCUGUUUGCAGGUGCUGUCCUGCAUCCUUCUGGAGCACAAGGUGGUGCUGCAGUCACGAGACUAUAAUGCUCUCUCUAUGUCCGUGAUGGCAUUUGUGGCUAUGAUCUAUCCACUAGAGUACAUGUUCCCAGUGAUCCCACUGCUCCCCACCUGCAUGGCUUCUGCAGAACAGUUACUAUUGGCCCCCACACCUUACAUCAUUGGGGUCCCAGCCAGCUUCUUCCUUUACAAACUAGACUUUAAAAUGCCUGAUGAUGUGUGGCUUGUUGACCUGGACACCAAUAAGGUGAUUGUUCCCACAAACGCAGAAUCUUUGCCAGUCCUACCAGAACCAGAGGCAUUAGAGCUUAAAAAACACCUGAAACAGUGUCUGGUUAGCAUGACUGCAAUCACUCAGCAACAGCUGCUCACGCCUGACAACAAGGCCUUGGCCAGCAUGAGUCUGAAUACCCAGCCCAUUCUUAACCUAGAGAAGUUCCAUGAGGGACAGGAGAUCCCACUGCUCUUGGGAAGACCUCAGAAUGGUCUACAGUCCACCCCUUCCACGGAAUUCAACCCCCUGAUCUAUGGCAAUGAUGUGGACUCUGUGGAUGUGGCCACCAGGGUUGCUAUGGUGAGAUUCUUCAACUCACCAAACGUUUUGCAUGGUUUCCAGAUGCACACCCGCACCCUUCGUCUCUUCCCCCGGCCUGUGGUGGCCUUUCAGGCCAAUUCUUUUCUUGCGUCUAGGCCAAAGCAGACAGCUUUCGCAGACAAGCUGUCUAGGACACAAGCAGUGGAAUACUUCGGAGAGUGGUCACUCAACCCAACUAAUUAUGCUUUUCAAAGAAUCCACAACAACAUGUUUGACCCAGCCCUGAUUGGUGACAAACCAAAAUGGUAUGCUCACCAGCUUCAACCAAUCCACUACCGUGUCUAUGAUAGCAAUUCCCAGCUGGCUGAGGCAUUGAGUGUCCCCAUAGAGAAGGAAACAGAUUCUGAACCUACUGAUGACAGUGGUAGCGACAGCGUGGAUUAUGAUGACUCAAGUUCUUCCUACUCCUCCCUUGGUGACUUUGUCAGCGAGAUGAUGAAAUGUAACAUUAAUGGCGAUACCCCAAGAGAGAGAGACUCAGCCUAUUCUGCUGCAGCCUGGGACAGUCAGAGGACGAAACUUUCUCCUUUCUAUGUUGACCCCCUGACACAUGCAGCCCUGGGUGAUGCCAGUGAGGUGGAGUUUGAUGACUUCCAGGAAUAUUCAGGGGAUCUGGAUGCGCAGGCUCUGGACAGUGAGAGCUCCCUGGACAACAACCAGCCUCGCUCAAGUUCCAGCACUACAGCCAGUAGCAGCCCCAGCACGGUCAUCCAUGGGGUGAAUCAUGAGUCAGCAGAUUCAGCGGAGAUGGAGGAGAAGAUGAUUGCUGGGUUUUCAAAUCACCUUCCCUCCUUGCCGCUGCAACCAAACUUCCCCAAGAUGAAUCUGGAACGUCGUGAUGGUGAAAGCCCAGCUGGCAGCAUGAGCUCUGUGGAGGGAAUGGUUAAGAAACGAGAGUAUGAUAAUCCAUACUUUGAACCACAGUAUGGGUUUCCUACUGAGGAAGAGGAUGAGGAUCAGGAAGAGAGCUACACCCCAAGAUUCAACCAGAAUCUGACUGGGAAUCGGUCUCAGAAGCUACUACGUCCUAACAGUUUAAAGCUGGGCAAUGACUCUGAUGUGGAGUCGGACUCACGAGGCAGCUCCCCAAAUUCCACCAUCUCCAACAACAGCAGCGAAGGCUUUGGGAGCCUUAUGUCUUUUGCCAGCAGCCUGUACAGGAACCACAGCACAAGUUUCAGUUUGUCCAACUUAGCCCUACCAACCAAAGCUGGGAGAGACAAGAACACUCCCUUCCCCAGCCUGAAAGGGAACAGGAGGGCCCUGGUCGAUCAGAAGUCUUCAGUUAUUAAGCACAGCCCAACAGUGAAGAGGGAAUCUCCAUCACCUCAGGGGCGAACCAGCAAUUCCAGUGAAAACCAACAAUUCCUGAAGGAGGUUGUGCACAACGUUCUUGAUGGGCAGGGUGUUGGCUGGCUGAAUAUGAAGAGAGUCCGGCGUCUGCUGGAGAGCGAACAGCUCCGCGUCUUUGUACUAAGCAAACUGAACCGCACCAUCCAGUCAGAGGAGGAUGCUCGGCAGGAAGUCAUCCAGGAUGUGGAGAUCAACCGCAAGGUUUACAAAGGGAUGCUGGACUUGCUGAAAUGCACUGUGUCAAGCCUGGAGCAGUCGUAUGCAAACGCUGGCUUGGGAGGCAUGGCCAGUGUCUUUGGCCUGCUGGAGAUAGCACACACUCACUAUUAUAACAAAGAACCAGAAAAAAGAAAACGAAGUCCAACAGAUGGAGCAGCCACUCCGGUUGGCAAGGACCCUGGUUUAGCCAUGAGGGCAGAACCGAAGCCUGCAAUGAAACUGCCAGUACCCCAGCUCAUGCCAAGGGUAGCAAGCUCUGCAGGAAAAGGGACAAGGGAGUUUGACACAAGGAGUCUAAAGGAAGAAAAUUUUAUUGCUUCCAUUGAAUUGUGGAACAAGCACCAGGAAGUGAAAAAGCAAAAAGCUUUGGAAAAACAGAGGUCAGAAGGUGUGAAACACUUCUUUGAUCUGGGAGAGACAGAUGAGAAAAAAUCCCAAAUCAGUGCAGACAGCGGCCUGAGUUUGACAUCAGGCUCUCAGAAGAGUGAUUUGGACUCUGUUGCCAGUGCAGGGCCAGCUGUUAUGAUCCGAAGCACAAGCCAGGAUUCUGAAGUUAGCACAGUGGUUAGUAACAGCUCUGGAGAGACAUUAGGAGCGGACAGUGACUUGAGCAGCAACGCUGGUGAUGGCUUCAGUGGGGAGAAUGGUGGGAACCUGACAGGAUCACGGAACACUGUAUCAGACAGUGAAAUUGAGACAAACUCUGCUACUAGCUCCAUCUUUGGUAAAUCUCAAAGCCUGAAGCACAGUGUGAAGGAUAUCAAGGGCAGCAGCCCAGGGAGAGCUCUGGAGGAUGUGAGCCUGCGGGUUUACCUCUAUGAAGGGCUUCUGGGGAGGGAUAAAGGAUCUGUCUGGGACCAGUUAGAGGACGCUGCAAUGGAAACCUUUUCUCUAAGUAAGGAGCGCUCAACACUGUGGGACCAGGUGCAGUUCUGGGAAGAUGCUUUUCUGGAUGCUGUGAUGUUAGAGAGAGAAGGAAUGGGAAUGGACCAGGGACCUCAGGAAAUGAUUGACAGGUACUUAUCCCUGGGAGAACAUGACCGAAAGCGCUUGGAGGAUGACGAAGACCGCCUACUGGCUACACUACUGCACAACAUGCUUGUCUACAUGCUUAUGAUGAAGGUGAACAAGAAUGACAUUAAGAAGAAGGUGCGUCGUUUGAUGGGGAAAUCGCACAUUGGAUUGGUGCAGAGCCAGCAAAUAAACGAGUUACUAGACAGAGUGCCUAACCUAGGCGUCCGAGAGCUGUCUGUCCGGCCCAGCGGCAGCAGACACAUCAAGAAGCAGACGUUUGUAGUACAUGCCGGGACAGAUACAACAGGAGACAUCUUCUUCAUGGAGGUGUGUGAUGAUUGCAUUGUGCUGAGAAGUAACAUUGGAACUGUGUAUGAACGGUGGUGGUAUGAGAAACUCAUCAACAUGACAUACUGUCCUAAAACGAAAGUGCUGUGUCUCUGGAGGAGGAAUGGCCAGGAGACGCAGCUGAAUAAGUUCUACACCAAGAAGUGUCGGGAAUUGUACUAUUGUGUAAAAGACAGUAUGGAGCGAGCAGCAGCAAGACAGCAAAGUAUUAAACCAGGACCUGAAUUGGGUGGUGAGUUCCCAGUGCAGGAUAUGAAAACUGGUGAAGGAGGGCUUCUGCAAGUCACGCUGGAAGGAAUUAACCUGAAGUUUAUGCAUAGUCAGGAGCGGAAGGUUUUCAUAGAGCUGAAUCACAUUAAAAAGUGCAAUACUGUGCGAGGAGUCUUUGUCCUGGAGGAAUUUGUUCCUGAAACUAAAGAAGUGGUGAGCCACAAGUACAAGACGCCAAUGGCCCAUGAGAUCUGCUAUUCCGUGUUGUGUCUCUUCUCUUAUGUGGCUGCUGUUCGUGGGAAAGAGGUAGAAAACAAAAGCAAACCCCCUCGGCCGGUUUCCAGCUGAUCACAAUAUUGGGAAAUGCUUGCCCACUGGCACAUUGGUGUGUAAUACUCCCAUUUCUGUUGCUGUUACUGGAGCUCACGUUGCUGACUCCAGUUAGAACUUGGUUAUUUAUGUAUGAUCCUGCAAGUCCUUCCCCUUACAAAAAAUUAAAACUUCCUUGUUCAUUCUCCUGCUGAAUUCAUUCUUACUGGAGUUUUUACACCAGCUGUGCUUAUCAGACAGUUCUGAUCAUCAGCAUCCAGCUAUAACUGAAGAUGGCUUGCUCUGGGCAAUCCUUUGGAAUUCCAUUUCCAAGAAGACUAAUGCAUCUGGAGUUCAGUUGUUUUUGUUUCCAGUGGUGCCUGUGUCACAGGUUUCUUCACUUACAGCUGUAGGCCUCUGCUUUCAGAUUCUUCAAAAAAAUAUGCACAAAGGAAGCAGCUUGGUCCUGAAUGGAUCACCUGUCGUUGUUUAACUGUGAUAGUUUGUAUUAUUUUCCUUCUGUGUUUUCACACUUUACCCACCAAUUUGGAGUUCUUGCCAUAUGGCCCUUCAAAUUUUUUCAGUAAAGAUGAGCAAUUUAGCUACCUUAAACUCCUCCGAAAUAGCCUACAAUUAGAUAUGGUGCUUUUAAGAUUGAAUGUUAAAUGUAUAAAACUAUGGAAUUAGUACUUCUCUGGUGGGCGAAGGAUUGCUUGCUUUUAAUAAUGGAUAGGCACCAUGGAGGGGAGAAACUUGGAGGCUUUCCUGACGAAAUCCCCUUCAAACUGAUAUGCAUGUAACGUGUGUUUUUCAAAUGGGAAAUUAGAGCCACUCUGCUAACAUCCCAGGAGUGCAGUUAAUUAAUAUAUGCAUAUUGUGGUAGCUAGAACAGUUAAUCUAAGUGUGUAGGAAUAAGUAAAGAGAGGUAAAAACUUAGAGAGUGAGUGCUGUUGGCUGAAGCAUAUGGCAAACUUGUGUAACGUGGGAUUAUCACUACAAUCUCUCUAAAGCACUUCUAUUAGAGUCUGCGUACACUGGUUCUGUAGAAAACUUGCAGAAACCCACAAGAUUAUGCAAAGUGCAUUGUGGGGAUUCAACUUUUUGUGAUGAUGGUACUGUAAAUGCUGGUUCCAGAUUUUGUUUUUUAACUACUGCUUCUGUCAAACUGUACAUGUAUAUCUCAGAGUUUUGCAAAUACUGUGUAAUGAAGCACCCUCAGUUAAAGUAUCCAUCUCGCACCUUAUUUUAAGUAGGCUGAGAAUGGAUGUUUGAACACUGUUCUUUAUGAACUGUACUGAACUCUACCGAGGGGGAGGAAAAAGCCCCUGAAAUGCUGGAAGGAGAGAGGAUCUAGAGAAAAUAAUCUUAAAUGUAAAAUAUCUGAUGGAGUGCUCUAACACAAGCUGGAGUGCUAUUUGAUUUGACAUAGGCUUCUGAGUAAUUGCACCCAGAAAUAAUCCUGUUUGGCUUAGUCAGGGUAUUUACCAUUUUGAGUGGAAUGCAUGAGGAAUGGGUGAAGAAAUGAUGUAAAUAUUCUAGGACCGUAUCUAUUUAUAGAAGACUGUACAGCUGUCUGAAUGUGAAAAUAAACUAUCAUUUAACCACUGA